AUGGAAAAAAUUCACCGCGAAAUGAUCCCGAAUUUUCUAGACUCUAUAUCAUGGAGUGCUGUUGGAUUUUUAAUAUUUGUUGCCAUAGUCUUCAUUAUAUCAAUUAUAUUAAUACUUUACUUUGAAAAAGUUUGCUGUUUUGCACGACAUCGAUUUUUAAAACAUCUCUUAAGACGGAUUACUAGAACAAAAAAAUCUACAUCAACGUCUGCAACUACUCAACCUAUUUCAAUAACAUCUAUGAAUAAAUUUGAAGAUAAAAAUAGAACGUCUUCACAAAUUCCAGAAUAUCUUUGGAUUGCUGGUCAAUGUGAACAUAGAAAAACAUUUGAACCGUCAUCAUUACUAGGUACCAAUGAAUUGGGUAUGUAA